CUUCCAUUUUCACCGCUCAUGUGCGGCUCAGGGAGCGCACAGUGCGGUGAUCGCCGUUGCACUAAGUGCCACCUGUCAGUGUCCAUCAGUGCCAGCACACAGUGCUCAUCAGUGCCACGUGCCAGUGCCCAUCAGUUCCACAUCAAUGCCACAUAUCAGUGCAUACCAGUGCAGAUCAAUGCCACAUAUCAGUGCCCAUCUGAGCUGCCUUUCAAUGUCACCCAUCAGUGCCAGUCAGUGCCACCUAUCAGUGCUGCUAAUCAGUGCCACCUAUCAGUGCCAGUCGGUGUCGCCUAUCAGUGCCGCCUAUCAAUGCCCGUCAGUGCCACCUAACAGUGUCAGUCAGUGCUGCCUAAGAGUGCCAGUCAGUGCAGCCUAUCAGUGCCAGUCAGUGCUGCCUAUCAG